CUUUGUCUUUCAGAAAUGUAGAUGGCAGCUGCUGUCUUUGAAGGACUCACACCCAUCUGACCCUGCGCAGCACCUCCGAUUGCUACCAUGAUCUUCUGCAUGCUGCUGUUGGCCUUACUGCCUGAGCCAUCUGGCACCGAAGUCAACCCUGCUAUAUGCCGUUACCCUUUGGGUAUGCAUGAAGGGACGAUACGAGAUGAAGACAUCACUGCUUCCAGCCAGUGGUAUGAUUCCACGGGACCCCAGUAUGCACGGUUACAAAGGGAAGAGGGGGAUGGAGCCUGGUGCCCAGCUGGCUUGUUGCAACCAGAAGAUGUACAGUUCCUUCAAAUUGACCUGCACAAGCUCUUCUUCAUUACCUUGAUUGGGACUCAGGGACGGCAUGCCCGUGCCACAGGCAAAGAAUUUGCCCGUGCUUACCGAAUUGACUAUAGCCGCAAUGGAGAGCGCUGGAUCUCCUGGAAAGAUCGUCAGGGCAGGAAGGUGAUCCAAGGCAACAUUGAUACUUAUGAUGUGGUCUUGAAAGAUCUUCGGCCUCCCAUCAUUGCUCGUUUUAUCCGGGUGAUUCCUGUGACAGAGAUGCCAAUGACUGUCUGUAUGAGGGUGGAGCUCUAUGGCUGUGUCUGGUAUGAUGGUUUGGCAUCCUAUAGCAUCCCUGAAGGAGGGACAAUAGCGGCUCCUGGCUUCCCCAUCGUUUAUCUGAAUGACUCGACCUAUGAUGGAUACCAGGAGCGCAGGCACUUGUAUGGUGGUCUGGGCCAGCUGACAGAUGGUGUGCUAGGACUGGACGAUUUCACACAGAGCCAUCAGUACCGUGUGUGGCCAGGCUAUGACUACGUUGGCUGGAAGAAUGAGAGCUUCAGCACAGGCUCUGUUGAAAUGGAGUUCCAGUUUGACCGACCACGGAACUUCACCUCCAUGAAGGUGCAUUGUAACAACAUGUUUUCCAAGGGGGUGAAGAUCUUCCAAAAAGUGGAGUGUCUGUUCAAACCACGCCUGAUUGCAGACUGGGAGUCUGAACCUGUUGGAGUGGCAACUGUCUUAGAUGACAAAAACCCCAGUGCUAGGUUUGUGACUGUCCCCCUCAAUCAGCGUGUAGGUAAAGCCAUACUUUGCCGCUUCUACUUUGCUGACACCUGGAUGAUGAUGAGUGAGAUUUCCUUCCAGUCAGACAUGGAGAGUGUGAAUCCUAAUUUUGUUACGGUAGCCACAAGCACAACGGAUCUCCUGGAAACAGAGUGCAAUGUUACUGAGGGGACCUGGGAAACCACAUCUUCAGUAACCAGCACCUGGAUAGGAGAGAAAGCAGAUGACUCCAAUACUUCCAUCCUUGUGGGCUGCCUUGUGGCUAUUAUUCUUCUGCUCCUGAUGAUUAUAAUCAUUAUUCUUUGGAAGCAGUAUGUUCAAAAAAGGUUGGAAAAGGCCCCACGUCGAAUCCUAGAGGAGGAUGCCACUGUUCGCCUCUCCUUCUACAGCUACACCAUUGCCAACAACCAGACCCAGAUCCACCAGUCAAACCCCACCUAUGAACGAGCUUUCCCACUGGAUUUGGAAUAUCACCAGCCAGCCACACUGCUCCAAAAGCUUCCAGAGCUCUCCCAAAGUGCAGAGGAUUCAGUGUGCAGUGGGGACUAUGCUGAGCCUGACUUGACUAAGUCCACUCCUCACCAAGGCUUUCAGAACAAUGUUCCUCACUAUGCUGAAACAGAUAUUGUCCACCUGCAAGGUGUGACCGGCAACAACAUGUAUGCAGUCCCAGCCCUCACUGUGGAUUCGCUUACCAAGAAGGACAUCUCAGUGGGUGAAUUCCCAAGGCAGCAGCUGCGACUCAAGGAGAAGCUGGGAGAAGGACAGUUUGGAGAGGUACACCUUUGCGAAGCCGAUGGCCUGCUGGAAUUCCUGGGAGUCUCGUCUACAGAAUUCACUCACCAGCCGGUUCUUGUAGCAGUGAAAAUGCUGAGAUCAGAUGUCAACAAAACAGCCAGAAAUGAUUUCCUGAAGGAGAUCAAGAUCAUGUCACGGCUGAAGAACCCAAAUAUCAUCCGGCUUCUGGGUGUGUGUGUGCGUGAUGACCCACUGUGCAUGAUAACAGAGUACAUGGAAAAUGGAGACCUCAAUCAGUUCUUGUCGCAGAGGGAGAUCUACAGCAAAUUUGCCAUUUCAAAUAAUAUUCCCUGUGUCAGCUACUCUAACCUGCUGUACAUGGCCACCCAGAUUGCCUCUGGAAUGAAGUAUUUAGCAUCUCUGAAUUUUGUGCACAGAGAUCUGGCAACUCGCAACUGCCUGGUGGGGAACAACUACACCAUCAAGAUUGCAGACUUUGGCAUGAGCAGGAAUCUUUACAGUGGGGAUUACUACCGUAUCCAGGGAAGAGCUGUAUUGCCCAUACGUUGGAUGGCCUGGGAAAGCAUCCUCCUGGGCAAGUUCACCACAGCCAGUGAUGUCUGGGCAUUUGGGGUCACCCUCUGGGAGAUGUUCAUACUGUGUAAGGAGCAACCUUACAGCCUCCUCUCAGAUGAGCAAGUUAUUGAGAACACAGGAGAGUUCUUCCGGAGCCAGGGCAGGCAGAUCUAUCUCUCCCAGACUCCUCUGUGUCCUAACCCUGUGUUUGACCUGAUGCUGAAAUGUUGGAGCAGGGAUAUAAAAGAUCGUCCCACUUUUGACAUGAUUCACCACUUCCUGCUAGAACAAAUGGAAUCAAACAUUUGACUCCAGAAAAAGAGACAAACUGUUGAGAACAGAGUGACUUUGGUGUCUCUUUGCCUGUACCUCACAGGAAGAUGGUCAGGCCACCUUGCUCUCCUCCCUUGACUGUACCGUAUUUAAGUUGAGACGUCCAUGGCAGCUGCUCAUUCUAUUGGCCAUGGUCUGACAUACAGGACCAGAGGAUCUCAUUUGGUUGAAAAAUCAUCUCCUCUUCCGAAUCAUUUCCUGGGAAUACUGUGAGAGGGGUUUUAUUAGAUACCCGUACACCUUUGGGCAAAAC